GAUAAAGUGUGAGAGGGAGGGAGGCAGAAGGCGAGACAGUGAGCAGCUGAGGAGGAUCCCAGGGACCCGGUGCUGAUCCCACAGCUGAGCACGGACUGCAGGAGGGACGCAGGAGCUGCAGCUUCACCACUGAGCACACUGCAGCACACUGAGAAGAGGGGGACCUUUAGGAAGACGUGUCCGGAUUGCUAAUAUCUGUGACCAGGAGACCUCUUCAACUGCUAUGAAGAGCUCUGUGAUCUGAGGCAACGAACCAACAGCUGUGGUCCUGGGAGGUGCAGAAUUGAAUUAAAGCAGGAUCAGCUCAGAAGCUCGACCUCUAAGGAGGACCUGUAGUCUAUUUGUAUUGACCACAAGCAGCUGAGCAAAGCAUCAUGGCAACCCGUCCAGGAGUGAAACCUCCCCAGAAAUCUUCCAUCCGAGGAGUUCACAUUACCCAGUUUGUGGAUAAGAUUCCAAAAGGAUGCAGCACACCUGACUUUGAGCGGAAACCUGUCAGUCUAACAUUGCAGGAAGGUAAAAAUGCCAUAUUCAGAGCUGUGGUCAAGGGUGUCCCUGCCCCUGAGGUGAAAUGGAAACGUGCAAAAGGAGAAAUAAACGAUCCUGCCAAAUAUCUGAUGUUCUACAGUCCAGCUACAAGCGAACACAUUCUGCAGAUAAAUAAAAUCACUGCAGGUGACUCUGAUUUGUACCGUUGCUUUGCUGUAAAUGAAUAUGGGGAAGCUUCAUGUUCUGCUGGCCUCAGGAUCAUACAAGUUGGCUUUAAGAGGAAAGCAAACUAUGUUACUGGUCAUCCUGCUGAAGAAUUGAAAAAGAGUCUUCAGGACCUCAAGAAGACGCUGAAGAAGCGGGCUCCACUACCAAAACAAAAAGAAGUGGACAAAGAAGCAAUCUUCCAACUGUUACUGCAUGCAGAUAAGAAAGAUUAUGAGAGAAUCUGUAUUAAAUAUGGAAUUUCUGACUUCCGUGGCAUGCUGAGAGCUCUGCAGGAUUUGAGGAAGGAUACAGAGAAUGAACAAGCGAAGUUAAUUCACAGUAUCAAACACAUGGAACACAUUAAGGUCAACAAGGAUGGAAGUGCUUCGUUUAGUGUGGAGAUGGACCUGAAAAGUGCAAGCAGCAACGUUUAUCUGCUUAAGGAUGGUGAGAAGGUCCGUUAUGGAACAGGGGAUGAAUACAGAAAGUAUUACCUUAGACAGAUUGGAAAGAGGUAUCAUUUUAUUGUCAACGAUGUGCAUCCAGAAGAUGCAGGCUUGUAUCAAGUCAGAGUGGAGGAUGUACCUAUUUUCUCAACUGAACUGGACGCUGAAUCCAUCCCUGUGAGAUUUCAGAAGCCGCUCACAGAUCUGCGUUGUCAUGAGAAGGAAGAUGUUGUCUUUGAUUGCGUCCUGCGCACUCCCUGCUUUGAUGCUGUGUGGUUACAUAAAGCCCACCCCCUGGAGGCAAGUGAGAAGCACCAGAUCUCUGUGAGCCCCGAUGGUCUGAUCCACCAGCUUAUUAUCAAAAAUGCUGCGACCUCUGACAAUGGCUUGUAUACACUCGACACUGGACUCUGCUCCUCCAGGGCCUGGCUUCUUGUAGAGCAUGCCAAAGAGGCAAAGAUACAGGAUGAGGAACAUGAAAAAUCUGACCAUCAGAAGGGAGCGCCAGAUAAAGACAGAGCUAAGAAGCUUAAACGUGGAGAGUAUCUUGGUGAUGAAGAUCAUCCUAUGGAUGCUGGCAUGAAAAGAGAUGGCUGGUACAGAAGUGACCAAGGCGUCAGUCAAGGCUACUCCACUGAUGCUGAUGGAGAAUUUAAAUUUUUAGGAAAAGAAGGGCUGCACAAAACCAACAGAGAAGGAAGCAUGGGGCCUGGGCAGUUUUCUAGAGAAGAGGGAGAUGCAGACUCGAUGGAUGGUGCCAGUAACAUUGGAUUAAAAAUUGGAGAAGACAGAAGUGGAGUGGGGCAUGUACACAGCCAGGGUUCUAUGUCAGGCAGAGGAGAUAAUGAUGAUGGAUUAGGAGGAGGAACUAAAUCUUAUUCUGUAGAUGGUAGACAUGAUAGCACGUUAGGUGCAGUUGAUGUUGACAUGGGUGAUGCAGAAGGUGUGAACUCUUGGCAUGACAAGAAUGCUAAAUUAGGUGAUGCUAGUUCUAGAGCUGCCUUUGGUGGUAUGAAGAGUUUAGAUGCUACUGAUGGAAGUUCUGUGUCAGAUGGAAUCAAUCUUGGUUCAACCAGAGUGGGAGGUGCACAUUUAGUCUAUAGCAAGGAUGGUCUGCCUGCUGCAGGUGAUAUGAAUGAAGUCAGUAUAAAUAGAGGAGAAAUAGGGUCUCCCUACAGCAAAGGCAACCUGAUAGUUGAUGCUGGUGGUCAUGUAGCUCAGGCAGGAAUGUCUGGCUUGCUGUAUGGUCCAGGUGGUCUUCCAGCUGGAGAUGGGGGUAGGCCUGGUGCAGGUGGCUUUGUAGGAGAAAAGGGGGUUUUAUAUGGGCCAGACGGUCUGCCAGUUGGGGCAGGUGUUGAUGCUACUGCAGUUAAAAGGGAGGACCUGUAUGGAAAGCAUGGUCAGUCAAGUGAACCUUAUGGAAAGGAUGGUUUACCAGCAGGAAUGGAAGCUGGGCUUGGUGGUGCUGGUUUGGAAGGUGCUGGCUCCAUAUAUGGAAGGACUGGUGUUGGUGGUGCUGGUAUAACUGGUGCAGCUGGUGCAGGGGAAUUUGGGCCGUUAUAUGGAAAAGAUGGACUCCCAGCUGGGGCUGUCAUUGGUGGCAUUGGUGCAGGGGGACUUGGGUCACCAUAUGGGAAGGAUGGUCUCCCAGCUGGGGCUGGGGCUGGUGUUGGUGUUGCAGGUUUAGGUGGGGCAGGGGCAGCUGGGUCUCCGUAUGGGAAGGAUGGUCUCCCAGCUGGAGCUGGUGUUGGUGUUGCAGGUUUAGCUGGGGCAGGGGCAGCUGGGUCUCCAUAUGGGAAGGAUGGUCUCCCAGCUGGAGCUGGGGCUGGGGCUGGUGUUGGUGUUGCAGGCUUGGCUGGUGCAGGGGCAGCUGGGUCUCCAUAUGGGAAGGAUGGUCUCCCGGCUGGGGCUGGUGGUAGUAUAGCUGGUGUAAGGGAUGCUGGCUCUUCCUAUGGAAAAGAUGGUCUCUCGGCUGCAGCUGUGUCAGGAGCAGCUCAUUUUCCUUCCGGAGGUGAAGAAGUGAUGGGAUCUCACCACGGUCGGGAUGCUGUGCUGGGCAGAGCUCAAGGGUCUCUGGGUGGAGUGGGAGGGGCUGGCUUAUCCUCAGAAGGUGGGGGUGUUGGUGGCUCUGCCACACGAGGUGCUGGAUCUGCUUACGGGUCAGCUGGAUCCAGGGCUGGUGAAAGUGGUGCUAGCAGACUGGGAGGCGAUGGGAGCGAGUUGCACUCGGUCCGUGGUAAAGAAGGUGUGGUAGGUGCUGUUGGAAAGGGUGGUGAAUAUGGGCUGGAUUCACGUGCUGGCAAAUCUGCAUACGGUGAAGCUGGGAAGGGGACUGCCAGUGAUUUCAGAGGAUCAGAGCACAAAGGUUCAUCCCAUGACAAAGAAUCACUUUCAGGUCAAGGUGAUGCUAGGGCCGAGGACAGAGAUUUAGGACAGUCAGGCUCUCUUUACGACAAGGAUUCCUCCUUUGGAGGUGCAGCGGGCAAAUUCCAUGAUAGAUCGUUUGGUGGGUGGAAGCCGGGUCUUUUCAGUCCAAGUUCACAGGGUUCUGAUCAGAUGUCAGCCCUUUAUGGUGGCCCUUCAGUAAGCCAGAGAAAACAGGUACCUAGCCUUGAUAUUAAAGCAAGUGAUUUCUUGAAGAGUACAGAAAGUACAGAAAAGAGAAGACGUCAUCACCUAGAUGAUCUGAAAGCUCCACGCUCUCGUGUCAACAAGCAGUUAACUUGUGUCAGAGUCCUGAAAGGGGAACCGACUGAGCUGUCUUGUGCUGUCAAUAGACAUGACUUAACAGGAACCUGGUUUAAGGACGGGUUAAAGUUAACAAGCAUGGAUGGAGUCUCUCUGGAGAAGGAAGGUCUGGUCCACAAACUCGUUAUUAGCAAAGUAGAAGAUAUUCAUGCUGGGAAGUAUAGGUUUGAGGCUGGAGAUAUAAAAACUGAAGCUUCAAUUUUUGUUGAAGAUCCUCCACAGGUUGACGAAAUUCUCCUAAAAAACUUAACGAGUGUUCCUACUGUGGCCAAGGCUGGGGAAAAAGUUGUGAUCAAGAUCCCUUUUGAGGGCCGGCUUCCAGUCAGAGCAAUGUGGCUAAAGGACAAAAUAGAACUGGGAGAUGACUCAAGGAUUCGUGUUGAUAAAACAGACACCUUUACCAUGCUGUCCAUCUCCAGUGCAGAGAGGAAGGACUGUGGGGAUUACAAAGUCAGGCUGAAGAAUGACAGUGGAAUCCUGGAUAUUGACCUAAAGGUUGAGGUGACAGACAAGCCACUGCCACCUGCAGGACCCCUGAAAAUUGUAGGAAGCACUGCAAAUGAUGUCACCAUUCAGUGGAAUCCCCCGAAGGAUGAUGGGGGCAAACCAGUACAAAACUACAUUAUUGAGAAACAGCAGGUAGGCAAGAGUGGCUGGGUGACUCUGGGAGAAACCCCCAGGAGCUGCACUACUUUCACUACCAGCAAAGUGGAACAGGACAUGAGCUACUACUUCAGAGUGAGAGCUGUGAAUGCAGAGGGAACCAGCGAUGCACUGGAAUCAGAUGAGGUGGUGACUAUCAGUAAAGCUACACCUGGUGCCCCAGAUCCUCCCGAGAUCAUCGGUGUCAGCAAAGACACCAUCACAAUAUCCUGGAAAACACCUCGGAAAACUGGGAGCUCCCGAAUUUUGGGGUACAUCGUUCAGAAACGCAAGAAGGGCAGCAUGACCUGGGUGCCAGUCAACAGUGUGCCCAUAGCAGACAAGAAGCUGAAAAUAAAUGAUCUCAAGAAGGGUGUGCAAUAUGAAUUUUGUGUGGCAGCUGUCAAUGCUUCUGGUAUCGGAGAUAUCAGUGCACCAUCACAAGCUGCCUUUGCUCGGGACUCCACAAAACCUCCAGGUAAAGUGAGGGACCUUAAAAUGACCAUCAGUGACAGCAGUAGUGUCACCUUGACAUGGAAUGUACCUGAAGCAAAAGAGGGAAGUGGUGCGAAAGGCUACAACGUGGAGAUACGGUCUUCUAACAACCUCAGCUGGACCAAAUGCAACAUUUUUCCUAUAGAGACAACCACUUACAAAGUUAAAGGCCUGAAAACCAAGGAGACAUACUUCGUACGUGUGAGAGCCAUCAAUGACUGUGGCCCAGGAGAAGCCACAGAGCUUGAAGCUUUCACUGAAGCUGUUCCUCCUGUUGUUUCUCCCAGGUUCAUAAUAGACAAAACAGUGAAAAAUUUCCUGGUUAUAAAAGCAGGAAAUGCCAUUCGAGUGAAUAUUCCUUUUGAGGCACCUCCAGAUUCUGUCUUGACCUGGUUAAAGGAUGGGGUUCCUCUUCCAAGCCGUGCUAAAAUAAGCACCCAGGAUGGUACCUCCCAGCUGCUGAUUAAAGCAGCUGAGUUCACUGACAGUGGCAUCUAUACCGUUGAGCUCGUGAGUGGGACAGGGAAAAGAGAAACAUUCAGCUUCCAAGUUCAAGUUACGGAUAUCCCACAACCACCUGGACCUAUUGAACUGAUAGAGAAUGUGCCAAAUAUAGUGACAGUAACCUGGGAGCCAUCAACAUCUGAGAAAUGGGAAAGCAAUCUCUUCUACACAGUCUUCAAACGAGAAUCACAGAAAGGCUUGUGGCACGUGGUGGGUGACCUGAUCUACACCAACAAAUUCACUUACACCAAAGUGAUCCCAGGCAGGGACUACUACUUCAGGGUUGUGGCAAAAAAUCACUUGGGAUCCAGUCGUCCAUCCGACACUGUGCAGCCUUGGAGAAUUCGAAAACAAAAGGCUGACAUUCAAGUCAGACCACAGAGGUACAAGGGAGUUAAUCAGAACCAGCCCCCAAGAUUCCUGGUCCCCCUGAAGCCUCACGUGGUGAUCACUGGCAGUGAGUGCCGCAUGAGCUGUGCCGUUGGAGGCCAUCCACCUCCAAAAAUCACUUGGUACAAAGAUGGGAGAGACCUCUCCAAUAAUCCUUCCUAUUUUGGCACAAACAACUUUGGUGUCUGCUCCCUGGUGAUCUUUAGUGUUUCCAAGGCUGAUGAAGGUGACUACACGGUUGAAGCCACCAAUGAUUCAGGCCGGGCUUUCAGCAAAGCCUCCCUCACUAUUAAAGACUCCUGCCUGUAACAGGACCUUCCUGAAACCUCCUCUGCACUGCAGUGUGAAUAAGGUUUUCUCUGAGAACUGGCCCUGCACAAAGGCUACGUGUCUGUUUUCAGAUGUGCAAUAUAGUCUGAGUGCUUUCUUUUUCAGAUCCAGUAGUUGCAUUUUGAACAGGAUGCUGCACUUAGUCAAAACGGUGGGGAAAAGCUUUGAGAAUUGUAUGAUCCUGAUUUUCUUCUACGACCUUUAAAAUACAAAUGAGAAGCUUCCGAAACUCAGAAGAUGAGAGGAAAAAUAAUUGGCCAAAAUGAGACUUUGCAUGGAGAAGGCAGGUGUGAGACCAUCUUGCCACACCUCUUACUGCUCAGGCUGCUAGCUUUAUCUGUGUAAGAGGAAUUCUCAGACAAGGUAACAUGAGGUAGUGCUACUGGCAGUGAAAGUGGGUGGACAAGAAUGAAUGGAAAUCUAGAACCAGUUGUAUUUGUGUGAGCAGAUCAGCUAUAAAAAAGGAUGUAGCAGUCCUGAGCUGCCACAUUAACAUCACCUUUGAAACGUAGCUGUCCCUACCUCGUGGCAUCCCCAGAGUAUUAUUGCUUCAUGCUAAAAGAGGUUAAAAAUCUUUUGUGUUUGACCAGAAGUACGAAGUACAACCAGAGGUCCUCUGCUAUGGCUGGAGGAUUCCAUCACUGAAUGGAGAAUGAGACUGGAAAGCCAGAACAUCCUGGUGACCACACAGUGCCUUGGAGCUUUGGCACCACAACAGUUUUCAUGACAGCGUCUCAGAGAAUAGGAGAGUCUUAAAGCCACUGGAUCCUCAGCCAGUCAAACAUUUGUAUGGGGCUGAAAUGUUUUUUGGUUAUAUUUUGUACAAUGUUGUACAGAUACAGGAACAGCAGAUAGUUAAAUUAAACAAUUGUUCAGUCAAAUUAAAGAGUUUCAGUGUAA